AUGCAGUAUCCGCCUCCAAAAUUUCCAGCUGGAAAACCGACAACACCUAUUGAUGAUCUAGAGGAUUACGCCAUAGAAUACAAAGUAGGAAUAGUAUCCGAUAGACCCGUUCAGAGCUUCAACCCUUCUGGAACUGGCUCCACGACCCUAACUGAAGAAGAGUACAAGGAUCAGUUGCUUUACCUGCAACCUACUUUACUUGAAAAUAUUCAGGAUCAGUUGCUUUACCUGCAACCUACUUUACGAGAAAAAUAUUUAGGAUCAGUUGCAUUACCUGCAACCUACUUUACGAGAAAAUAUUCAGGAUCAGUUUAUCCGCCUCCAAAAUUUCCAGCUGGAAAACCGACAACACCUAUUGAUGAUCUAGAGGAUUACGCCAUAGAAUACAAAGUAGGAAUAGUAUCCGAUAGACCCGUUCAGAGCUUCAACCCUUCUGGAAAACUGGCUCCACGACCCUAA